AUGCAAAGCUUCUCGAAGCUCAGUACUUCCAUGACAGCGACAUCGACGGCAGUAAAAGGGACGACGGCGAAAGCGAAAAAGGGGGCGCGUGUUCAGCUGAAUCAGCGACCGAUAGUUCCUUUUGGGAGGAAUGAUCGUAUUUUGUUAGUUGGGGAGGGAGACUUUUCAUUUUCCCGAUCUCUAGUUGUCCAUUACCGAUGCAGGAAUGUCCUGGCCACCUGCUACGACUCCAAAGAGGAACUUCACAGCAAAUACCCGCAAGCAGAGAGGAAUAUCCAAGACAUCCUUGGUGUAUUAUCUGCCAAGGGAAAGGAUGAUGAUGAUGAUGAUAUGACAGAAAAACCUAGGAGCGAACGAGAAGAAAAAGGAGAGAAUGUUUCUCCUCAGAAGAAGGAAGGCAAAGGCAAACAUCCCAACCGCCAUGGGCCAAAUGUGGCUUUCUCAGUUGACGCUCGAAAACUCGGACUCCCUGCCGGAGGCGGCAAGAAGGUCCGCAUUGGCUUCAUACGAAAGACAGAGCCUACUAGGCGUCCUGCAUGGAGGAGCAACGGCAAGCAAGAAAAUGCAGAUAAGCAUAAUCAUCAUCAUAAUAACGACAAUAAUAACGCGAAGGAAAGGAACAAGCAACCGCCUUCUUCGACUACUGCCGAUGGACCGUGGGAUAUGAUCUGUUUUAAUUUCCCCCAUGUCGGUGGGUUGUCGACAGACGUCAACCGUCAAGUUCGCGCGAAUCAAGAACUCCUUGUUGCCUUUUUCAAGGCCUGUUUGCCCUUGCUGUCUUCUCCAGUUGAGUCUAAUGAGGGCGAGGAGGGUUGGCUAUCUAGUGAUUCUAGUGAUUCCUGGGGUGAUAAUGAUGAUGAUGCAGGGUCGGAUUCGGGCACCGGAAGAAAGAGACGAAACGUCAGAACAGUUCCGGGUCAGAUUUUGGUCACCUUGUUUGAAGGUGAGCCAUAUACUCUCUGGAAUAUCAGGGAUCUUGCACGUCAUGCUGGUCUACGCGUUGUUACUAGCUUUAGAUUUCCCUGGAGUUCUUACGAAGGGUACUCACAUGCGCGGACUCUUGGUGAAAUUACGGGCAGACACAGUGGCAGGGGAGGUUGGAAAGGUGAAGAUAGAGAAGCAAGGACAUAUGUCUUCGAGGCUAAGCAGGAAGGGCACCCAGAUACUGUGAACAUAGGGAAGAGAAAAAGGUCGAAAGACGAUUCGGACAGCGAUAGCGAUUGA